CUUCCAGGACACUGCCCAGCGCCCCCUCGCUCGGGUCCUCCAGCCAGAGGCCGGGGAUGGAGACUCAUGGAGGCUGGCGCCUCGGAGGCUGUCUGGCCCUGCUCUCGCUGCUGCCGUCACUGGGCCUGGCUCAGUACGAGGGCUGGCCCCACUACCCCGAGUACUUCCAGCAGCCUGCACCCGAGUACCCCCGGCCCCAGGUGCCGUCAGACGUGGUGAAGAUCCAGCUGCGCCUGGCUGGCCAGAAGCGGAAGCACAGCGAGGGCCGGGUGGAGGUGUACUACAAUGGCCAGUGGGGCACCGUGUGUGACGAUGACUUCUCCAUCCAUGCGGCCCAUGUCGUCUGCCGGGAGCUGGGAUACGUGGAGGCCAAGGCCUGGACCGCGAGCUCCUCCUACGGCAAGGGGGAAGGUAAAGGCUCUGUGCUCUGGAACUGA